AUGGCCGUAAUUGCUGCGGAUCUCAAGUUUCUGCUAGCUUGCCGUGGAACGUUCGGCCAGAUAAGAAACAUUCACCUCGCUGCUGCCAGUAAUGCUGCUGCUAAGAAAGUUAAAAAGUUCCAGAUUUACCGCUGGAAUCCGGAUCAGCCCGAGCAGAAACCGUACAAUCAGACGUAUGAAGUCGACCUGAGUGCCUGUGGGCCGAUGGUGCUGGAUGCGUUAAUUAAGAUUAAGAACGAGAUGGACCCCACGCUGACGUUCCGACGAUCGUGCCGUGAAGGUAUCUGUGGUUCCUGUGCCAUGAACAUCGGUGGCACCAACACGCUAGCCUGCAUCAGCAAAAUCGAUGCGGAUAACUUGGAUAAACCGACCAAGAUCUACCCUCUACCGCAUAUGUACGUGGUAAAGGAUCUGGUGCCAGAUAUGAACAACUUUUACAACCAAUACCGUUCGAUUCAGCCUUGGUUACAGCGCAAGAACGAAAGCUCCGAAAAGAAGGGUGAUGCCCAGUACCUCCAGUCGGUGGAUGAUCGUGCCAAGCUGGACGGUCUGUAUGAAUGCAUUCUGUGCGCGUGUUGUUCCACGUCCUGUCCGUCCUACUGGUGGAACGGUGAUAAGUAUCUUGGACCGGCGGUGCUGAUGCAGGCUUACCGCUGGAUUAUCGAUUCGCGUGACGAAAGCACUGCCGCCCGGUUGGACAACCUAAAGGAUCCGUUCAGUGUGUACCGGUGCCAUACGAUUAUGAACUGCACCCGAACGUGUCCGAAGGGUUUGAAUCCGGGCAAGGCGAUUGCCGAAAUCAAGAAGCUAUUGUCGGGUAUCGCCAAGAAAGACGCACCCGGUCUAGAGACGGCCGCUCUUCACAACAAGUAA